AUGGCGGCAUCAAAUGUGUCAGCAGCCACAGAUUUCACCCUCAUGGGGCUCUUCAGCCGCCACACAGGGCCCCACCUUGCCCUCCUCUUCCUCGUGGUCACUGUGUUCACCACAGGACUGCUAGGCAACGCCAUCCUGAUUUUCCUGAUUGCCACAGACUCCAGGCUGCACACACCCAUGUACUUUCUGCUCAGCCAACUCUCGCUUCUGGAUGUUGGCUUCCCCCUGGUCACCAUCCCCAAGAUGGUGGCUGAUUUCCUGCAGGGAGAGAACACCAUAACCUUCGGGGGAUGCGCCACCCAGAUGUUCUUCCUCAUGCUCACGGGUGUCUCUGAGGGCGUUCUUCUGUCCCUCAUGUCUUAUGACCGCUAUGUGGCUGUGUGCCACCCGCUGCAUUACCAGGCGCUCAUGAGAGGCCAGGUGUGCCUGGGGAUGGUGGGCGCAUCCUGGUUCUCAGGCGCGCUUGUGGCCUCCGUGCAGACCUCUGUCACCCUGCAGUUCCCCUACUGCGCCUCACACACGGUGGACCACUUCUUCUGCGAGCUGCCGGCCCUGCUCAAGCUGUCCUGUGCAGACACAUCCGCCUACGAGCUGGCGCUAUCCGUCUCGGGGGUGCUGAUCUUACUGCUGCCCCUGUCUCUCAUCUUCACCUCCUACGGCCACGUCCUGGGGGCUGUGCUGCGCAUGCGCUCAGCCGAAGCCAGACACAAGGCUUUCACCACGUGCUCCUCACAUGUGGCCGUGGUGGGUCUCUUUUAUGGGGCAGCCGUGUUCAUGUACAUGGUCCCGGGCAGCUACCACAGCCCCCAACAGGACAACGUGGUAUCCCUCUUCUACAGCCUCAUCACCCCCACACUCAACCCCCUCAUCUACAGCCUGAGAAACAGAGAAGUCCGAAUGGCCUUGGUCAAGGCCACAGGCAGGGCUGACCUCAGGGCGAAGCGCCGAUGGCCUGUGAUGCUGCCCCUCCCAGGAGCCCUUCUCUGA